UGGUUAGGAACGUGGUGUAAACAGUUAUCAACAUGGCCCCGGGAGCGACAGUCACAAAUGGUUCAAUUCAUAUAAAUGGGAAUGUAAAUGGAAAAGUAUGUCCGCGAAACGGACAUAAAACAAAUGGAACACAUCAUAAGCCAUCCGCAAGUGACUGGAAAAGAACAUGGUGGGAAUCGUUUGAGGAGACCCCAUUGUACGCAGCAAUAUGGACAUACCUUGGCUACGGUUUACUAGUUUUAGUCGGUCACAUCAGAGAUUUCUUCCGAAACAUUGGUCUAGAGAGACAAAAAUCAUGUACAGAACCAAAGCUUCCGGGCUUUGUACCACUAUAUCAAAGUUGGGAGAGUUUCUACACUCGAAACCUCUACCGUCGUAUUCGAGACUGUUGGAAUCGGCCAAUAUGCAGUGUUGCGGGUGCGUACAUGGACAUAAUGGAUCGAAAGACUUCAGAUAAUGGCUGGAACUUUGAGUUAACAGACAAAACACACCAUGUGAUGAAUUUUGGUUCAUAUAAUUAUCUCGGGUUUGCGGAAAAUAAAGGUCCAUGUAAAGAUGCCGUAGAAGCUGUGACACACAAGUACGGCACUGCAGCCUGUGGUAGCAGACAAGAAUUAGGAUACCUGGAUAUUCACAGAGAAUUAGAUGAACUUGUUGCUCAAUAUUUGGGUGUGGAAGCCGCCAUGACAGUACCCAUGGGCUUUGCUACCAACUCCAUGAAUAUGCCUUGUCUUGUUUCAAAAGGAAGUUUGAUAUUCAGUGACGAAUUAAAUCAUGCGUCUUUAGUUCUCGGUAGUCGUUUGACAGGUGCAACAAUACGUACAUACAAACAUAACGAUAUGGUAGAUUUAGAAAAAAAAUUACGAGCAGCUGUUGUGCACGGUCAGCCAAGAAAUCACAGACCAUGGAAAAAAAUUCUCAUAGUUGUUGAAGGUGUUUACAGUAUGGAAGGAUCAGUUGUGUGUUUACCAGAAGUUUUAAGAUUAAAAAAGAAAUACAAGACUUACAUAUAUUUAGACGAGGCACAUAGUGUGGGAGCUAUGGGCCCGAGGGGCCGUGGAGUAGUGGAUUAUUUUGGAAUUGACCCCAAAGAAAUAGAUAUUAUGAUGGGAACAUUUACUAAAAGUUUCGGUUCUGCUGGGGGUUAUAUUGGGGGUACAAAGAAAUUAAUAAACCACUUACGAUGUCACUCACAUGCGGCUAUAUACAGUCCAACAAUGCAGCCACCGGUUGCUCAACAAAUUAUUACAUCAAUGAGAAUUAUCAUGGGCCUUGACGGCACUAACGAAGGCUUUAGACGUAUUCAACAGUUAAAAGACAAUGUCCGCUAUUUUCGACGUAGACUCCAUGAAAAAGGUUUUAUAAUCUACGGAAAUAAAGACUCCCCCGUGGUGCCUCUACUCAUCUAUUACCCGUCGAAAGUUGGUGCAUUUAGCCGAGAGUGUUUGAAGCGUGGCCUUGGCACAGUAGUGGUUGGAUUUCCGGCAACACCCAUUAUAGAAUCUCGUGCAAGAUUCUGUCUUUCAGCAGCUCACACACGGGAAACUGUAGAUAAGGCUUUGGCAAUUAUAGAUGAGGUUGGGGACCUUCUGAAAUUGAAGUAUUCUCGACUAGAAUUACCACAGUGGUGCGAGGAUGACAAAAAUGCUAAUAACAUCAUACAACAUUAGAGUGAUAGACAGAAUUAAAUAGACAUUAUGUUUAUCAACAAACAAGGUUGUGCUGCAUUACAUUCCAAGUGGUGUACAGUUCAGGUUACUGUUGAAAUUACACGUUUCCAGUAUUCAACAAAAUUUCAUCAGUUCGCUCGAAAAUGGAAGUAGGACAGCUCACUAGGCUUUUUUAAACUAAAACCUGCAAAACAAGUUGCUCGGAUACAGAAUUUGGACUACAAAAUUUUGUUCAAUACAAUUACAUCCAAAACGUACCCUGUAAACUUGUAUACAAAAUUGUGUGAUUUGAAUUUAUCAUAUUUCAGGAAAGGAAGAAGGUUGAACUUCUAUUGAGGAACAUGUCAAAUUAAUGGUUUCCUUGAGAAAUAAGUUGUUAUUGAAAUGAAGAUGUAAAUAUUUCUCUCAACUUUUGAUACAAUUUGAUGAGUUUCUUUAACAAAAUUAGAAAAUUACAGGGUAUAACAUUUUUGAUAAAGUGUUAAACUAUUGCAGAUUUCAUUUACAUUCCAUUUUGGAUAAUCAGGUCUAUUUAUGAAUUGGAGUCACUUUUUUUAGGGAUUUACAGGUGAUAUUAAUGUACUUACAAUUUUGGCAGUUAUAUUAUUCAGUUACGGUACUUAGUAAAUGAUGUUUUCUUUUUUUAGCUCACCUGAGCAAU